CUCUCUCUCUCUCUCUCUCUCUGUACCCUAGAGCUAGAAAUAUUUUCACUAACUGAUCGGAGAUCGGAGAGCGGAGAGGAGUAAUUCCGUUUCACUCAUAUGCCACCGGAGAAACAAUUACUUCACUAACAACAGAAGUAUGUGUAAUUAUUCACAAGGAGAUUUUCCCAUGUAAACAUAUGAUAAUUUGCAAUUUUGCUUAAUACAAUUAGGAUGGACAGAAUUCAAAAUUCAGUUGAAACUGCGUUGAAUUCUCGAGACAAUGCAAAUGGUGAUAGGAUGAGUGAAAAGAUGAUUGAUGUGGUGGAUGGGAUGCAUAGCAGAGAUACUGGACUUGUCAGUUCUCCAAAAAGAGACCUUGCAAUAUUUGGAGGGGAUACAGAUUUUGAACCCUGCAGCGGCAUUGAGUUUGAAUCACAUGAGGCAGCAUACUCAUUUUAUCAAGAAUAUGCUAAGUCUAUGGGAUUUACCACUUCCAUAAAAAACAGUAGACGUUCGAAGAAGUCAAAAGAAUUUAUUGAUGCCAAAUUUGCAUGUUCUAGAUAUGGUGUGACGCCAGAAUCCGAUGGUGGUAGUAGUCGGCGCCCAAGUGUGAAAAAGACAGAUUGCAAAGCCAGUAUGCAUGUGAAGCGAAGGUCGGAUGGAAAGUGGAUAAUUCAUGAAUUUAUAAAGGAACAUAAUCAUGAACUUUUACCUGCUCUAGCAUAUCAUUUUCGGAUUCAUAGGAAUGUUAAAUUAGCUGAGAAGAAUAAUAUUGACAUUUUGCACGCGGUUAGUGAACGAACAAGAAAGAUGUAUGUUGAGAUGUCUAGAAAAUCUGGUGGAUAUCAAAAUGUUGGGUCUGUUCGAGCUGAGAUGAAUUUUCAGUUUGAUAAAGGCCGUUAUUUGGGUCUUGAUGAGGGAGAUGCUCAAGUUAUGCUAGAGUAUUUCAAGCGUAUCCAGAAAGAGAAUCCCAAUUUUUUCUUUGCGAUCGAUUUAAAUGAAGAACAGCGGCUAAGAAACUUGUUUUGGGUUGAUGCAAAAAGUAGGACUGAUUAUGUCAGUUUCAAUGAUGUUGUUUCAUUUGACACGUCUUACAUCAAAAUCAAUGAUAAAUUGCCAUUUGCUCCUUUUGUUGGGGUGAACCACCACUUUCAGCCCAUGCUACUUGGUUGUGCAAUGGUUGCUGAUGAGACUAAAUCGACAUUUGUGUGGCUACUGAAGACAUGGCUUAGAGCAAUGCAUGGGCAAGCUCCCAAAGUAAUUAUUACUGAUCAGGACAAAGCUUUAAAGGCAGCCAUUGAAGAAGUUUUCCCAGACACACGUCACUGCUAUUCUCUUUGGCAGAUAUUGGAAAAGAUUCCCGAAACUCUUGCUCAUGUAAUCAAACAGCAUGAAAAUUUCUUGCCUAAGUUCAAUAAGUGCAUUUUUCAGUCAUCCACAAGUGAACAGUUUGACAUGAGAUGGUGGAAAAUGGUCACUAGAUUCGAACUUCAGGAUGAUGAAUGGAUUCGAAUGCUGUAUGAUGAUCGUAAAAAAUGGGUGCCUACAUGUCUUGGGGAUAUUUUUUUUGCUGGCAUGUGUACGACUCAGCGAUCUGAAAGUAUGAAUGCUUUCUUUGACAAAUACAUUCACAAAAAGAUUACUUUGAAAGAGUUUGUGAAGCAAUAUGGGGCAAUUCUACAAAAUAGGUACGAAGAGGAAGAAAUUGCGGAUUUUGAUACAUUGCACAAACAACCGGCAUUGAAAUCCCCUUCCCCAUGGGAGAAACAAAUGUCGACAAUUUAUACUCACGCUGUAUUUAAGAAAUUCCAAUUUGAGGUUUUGGGUGUGGUUGGCUGCCAGCCAAAAAAGGAAAGCGAAGAUGAAACCACUAGUACAUUUAGAGUUCAAGACUGUGAAAAGGAUGAAUAUUUUUUUGUGACAUGGAAUGAAACAAAGUCAGAUGUUUCUUGUUCCUGUCAUUUGUUUGAAUACAAGGGUUUCCUUUGUAGACAUGCACUAAUUGUUCUCCAAAUGUGUGGACUCUCUAGCAUUCCACCUCAAUACAUUUUAAAAAGGUGGACAAAAGACGCUAAAGGCAGGCAAUCAACAGCUGAAGGAACAGAACAAAUACAGACUAGGGUGCAACGCUACAAUGAAUUAUGUAAGUGGGCUAUUGAACUAAGUGAAGAAGGAUCGUUAUCUGAAGACAUCUACAAUAUUGCUGUUCGUGCACUAGUGGAGGCUUUGAAGAACUGUGUUAAUGUGAAUAAUUCAAUCAGUUCUGCUGCAGAAUCUAGCGGCAAUUUUCUUACUACUUGUGAAAUGGAAGAAGAGAACCAAGGAAUCCUUGCGACUAAAACAGUUAGGAAGAGGAAUACAAAUAGGAAAAGAAAGGUACAAGCAGAGCCUGAUCCUACACUUGUUGUGGCACAAGACAGCUUACAGCAAAUGGAUAAUUUAAGCUCAGAUGGUAUAACUCUAAAUGGAUAUUAUGGUGGUCAGCAGAAUGUGCAAGGACUGUUGAAUUUGAUGGAGCCACCCAAUGACAGCUACUACGUUAAUCCGCCGAGUAUGCAGGGGCUGGGACAUCUAAAUUCAAUAACACCUGGUCAUGAUGGUUAUUAUGGCGCUCAACAAAGUAUUCAUGGGCUGGCACAGCUAGAUUUUCGUCAACAAACUAGCUUCAGCUACAGCUUACCGCCGGAUGACCAGCGUUUAAGAUCUUCACAAUUGCAUGGUAGUGCUUCGAGGCCUCCAUGAGAGGAUGAUGUUGUAAUUCAUGGCUGUUUUACCGAAGUUGCUGAAAAAAGUAACCAACCAAGCAAGAGAAGGUAAAAAACUCUUUGUUUAUCAUAAUAGGAAGUGAACCUUCAUUUUGAGAAUUUAGGUUUGACUAUUCUGACCCGUGUCAAAGAGGGUUGUGGCAUCCAUAGUAGUUAAGGUGUAGUUUCUGUAAAUCAAAAGAAUUUAUUUCUUGUGUUUAUGAAAUGUUGAUAAAGCAAUUAGAAAGUUAGAGAUAAAUAUGCAGAGGAGGAAGUUGGUUACUUGUUUUCGCCGUCUCGUCUCCUAUAAUACUAACCAACAUUUCUGAUCUUGAUUUUGUAAGUUGUAUAAAUAUAGUAACCUUUGUAUAUUUGUAAGUUGUUCUCAAGCUCAAAUGGAAUAGAGAUAUACAUAUUUUAAUGCUUAGUAAAUAGUAAAAGCUAAUUGACCCC